AUGUCUUCUCAUUUCCUUCCGCUCUCUUCACCUCCCGGAUCGCCGCAAUUAAUGCCCCGGCGCCCCAGUCUGGACGUGGAGCGCGAUAUCCUUUCUACUCGCGGCCAGCGCAUUCUGUCAUUAUUGCCCAGCCGUCUGUCCAGCUCGGCACUGCAAGACCUCGAGCAGCAUGCAACCGAGCGGCCGACCUUUCUUCGGCGGGGAUCUCAUUUAAUUGGACAUAGUAAUCCCCGAUAUGAAUGGCAACGUUACUACCGUCCACCGGAUUCCUUAAAAGGCCUCCGCAAGCCAAUCCGACAGUACUAUGAACGGAACAACCAAUUAAUCUCCCAGUAUCUUUACAUCGAUCGCCUUCUCGACUCCUCUCUCCCACAUAAUCUGAUCGAAGACUAUUCCGACUGCCACCAUCACUUGGAGGUUCAUACGAGCAAUGGUCAUCCUUUAUCCACCGAUGCCGAUAACACGGCCAAAAUGACUACCCAGGCAAAUUCCAGAGCAGCUAGAAUCAAGCGCACACCGCAUAACCUCUACCGUAUCCCGGAUGAGACGGCCCCGUUGCUCCCACCUACAGAAGAGACGGAAGACGAGCAUUGUUGCCACCAUACAAUGCCAGAUCUAGACUCUCACCAAGGCCUGUCUCCAGAAGCAGAAGAGCGCCUGGUCAACAUUGCCAUCCGUAUCAACUUCGUCGCAAACGUCGUCCUGCUCAUCUCAAAGGUAGCCAUAAUGGUCCUGACUAGCUCCAUGUCCGUGCUCGCCGGUCUCGUCGAUGGAGUACUGGAUUUCCUCAGUACGGUGAUCAUCUGGGUGACGACCAGUUUGAUCCGCCGUCAGGACCGUCGACGGUACCCAAUCAGUCGCCACCGCCUGGAGCCAUUGAGUGUGCUAGUCUUCUCCGUCAUCAUGGUCACGUCCUUCUUCCAAGUUGGACUAUCGUCUAUCAACAAACUGACCGGUGACGACCAUACGCUCGUCGAAUUAUCUAUUCCCUCUAUUGUGCUGAUGGCGUCAACCGUGGUCAUCAAAUUGCUGUGUUGGAUCUGGUGCCGUCUGAUUCCGAGUCCCAGCGUCCAAGUUCUAGCUCAAGAUGCCAUGACUGACGUUGUUUUCAACACUUUCAGCAUCAUCUUCCCACUGAUUGGUUCUUUCGCUCGUCUCUGGUUCCUCGAUCCCCUCGGUGGUCUCCUCCUCUCAAUCUACAUCAUGUGGAACUGGGGCCAGACGGCAAAUGAGUAUAUCCAACGACUCACGGGCGCAGCUGCCUCGGCCACCGACCACAGUAUUCUGUUGUACAUGACCAUGCGCUUCUCCCGAGUGAUCCAGAAGAUCCAGGAUCUCAAGGCGUACUACGCGGGCGACAAGCUCAAUGUCGAGGUUGACUUGGUUGUGGAUGAGCGCACCAGUUUACGCGACAGUCAUGAUGUUGGAGAGAGUCUGCAGUACAUUUUGGAAAGUGUGCCGACUGUGGAUCGGGCUUUUGUACAUUUGGACUAUGAUCCGUGGAACCUGCCCAGCCACAUGAAUCAAUUAGAUCGAUAG